AUGAGGACCAACAGGUCUCCAGAGGAGAGCACUGAGGGAGAUGCCGGGAGAACAGAGUGGAAGCCCACGGUGAGAGAUGCUUUCAAAGAUAUCUCCGUAUACUUCUCCAAGGAAGAAUGGGAAGAGAUGGGAGAAUGGGAAAAAAUCCGAUAUAGGAAUGUGAAAAGAAACUAUGAAGCGCUGAUUGCUAUAGGUUUCAGAGCCACUCGACCGGAUUUCAUGCAUCACCGCAGGCAGGUCAUCAAACCUCAGGUAGAUGACACUGAAGAUUCUGAUGAAGAAUGGACACCAAGGCAGCAAGGUAAACCUUGCUCGAUGGCCUUCAGAGUGGACCACAGUAAACACCAGAAGAGAAUGUCCAGGGCACCAUUAAGUAAGGAAUCUAGUUUGAUGGAAUUGCCGGGAGCAGCAAAAUUGCUGAAAACAAGUGGCUCCAAGCAGCCUCAGAAACCAGUGCCCCAUCACAGAAAAGCAAGGACCCCUGGACAGCACCCCAGAGAAAAAGUCGACCUCAGAGGAAAGGAGACUGGAGUGAAGAGGUACAGUCUACGAGAAAGAAAGGGCCAUGUGUACCAAGAGGUCAGCGAGCCCGAGGAUGACGACUACCUCUAUUGUGAGGAGUGUCAGAACUUUUUCAUCGACAGCUGUGCUGCCCAUGGGCCCCCAACCUUUGUAAAGGACUGUGCAGUGGAAAAGGGGCAUGCCAACCGCUCAGCCCUCACUCUGCCCCCUGGGUUAAGCAUCAGACUGUCGGGCAUCCCUGAUGCUGGGCUUGGAGUGUGGAACGAGGCAUCUGAUCUGCCACUGGGGCUGCACUUUGGCCCCUAUGAGGGCCAGAUCACAGACGAUGAAGAGGCCGCCAAGACUGGAUACGCCUGGCAGAUCACCAAAGCAAGGAACAGCUUCGAAUAUGUGGAUGGAAAGGACACGUCUUGGGCCAACUGGAUGAGGUAUGUGAACUGUGCCCGGGACGAUGAGGAGCAGAACCUGGUGGCCUUCCAGUAUCACGGGCAGAUCUUCUACCGAACCUGUCAGGUGGUCAGGCCUGGCUGUGAGCUGCUGGUCUGGUACGGGGAUGAGUAUGGUCAGGACCUUGGCAUCAAGAGGAACAGCAGGGGGAAGAGUGAGCUCGCGACCGGGAGAGAACCGAAGUGCAAGAUCCACCCAUGUGCCUCCUGCUCUCUGGCCUUCUCCAGUCAGAAAUUUCUCAGCCAACACACCCAACGCAGUCACCCCUCUAAGAAUCUCCUGAGACCAUCUGAAAGAGACCUCCUCCAACUAGAGGAUCCCUGCCCAGGCAAUCAAAAUCAGCGAUACGCAGACCCACACAGCCCUAGUGACAAUCCUGAAGGUCAGGAGGACAGCGGCCAGGCCCCACCUGACACCGUGACUGCCCUGCACGGGCACACAGGACACCAGCAAUCAUGGGACGGACAGCCAGCUGCCUCCGCUGCACACUCCACCCUGACCACGGUGGCCCCGUGGCUGUACCAGCCCCGCCGGCGCGCGGCUCUGCUUGGCUGCCAGGGCUCGGGGACCCUGGUGAGGGCCCCCCAAGACACCAAGCUGGGGUUGGCGAUGGGCGAGCUGGAUGCCAGGGAACCCGAGACCCUGCAGCAGAGUUUCCUGAAGCAUGAAUUCACCCAGUUCAUGGCCUCUGAGAGGGUUGUGACAGACCAGAGAGACCACAAGCCUGAACUCACCCAGCGGAUGGCCUCUGAUAGGUCGGUGACACACCAGAGUGACCACAAGAAUGCAUUCACCCAGCAGAUGGUCUCUGAGAGGUCUGACACAGCGCGUUCUGCACACGCCCUGACGGCUCAGCUGCUGAGCCCCAAGGUGAAAGCUUGUGAUGGCAGCCAGGCCCACAGGCACCAGCAGCACUGA